CACGCGGAUUUGUCUUUUGGUAGGUAAUCUAUGCUGUAUUUUUUAUCGCAGGCUUAAUCACCUAAUAUCGAAAUGAAAAGUAUCGUGGAUCAAACUUUCCAAGUCUACCAAGAGUACUGAUCGGGUUUUAUUAUGUCUGCAAAGAGGCAGGAAACUGUGAUGAUCGAGACGAUUGCUUCCCUUCGAAGACCUGAACGCGCUUGCACUGUCAAAGUGAACUUGCUGCAAACAUCAUUUCGAAGAUGCUGACUUUGAUUGAUCCCGUUAUGGCGAUUCCAGAACAGCAAACCAAAGGUAAUCAUCUGGGGUUCUUUCGAUUAAUUUGAGCAGGGCGUCAGACCGUUUUGCAGGAUAGUGAGCUUUUAAAAUGGAUGUCGCCAUUUGCUUGUAGGUGGGCGAUGUCCGGAUCGAAGGACAUAUCCAAUCGACACAUUCAAAGUUUCAAUAGCGAGAGAUGAGAUUUUCAACCCUGGUGUGUGGCGUGCUCAGAAGAUUCUCCACAUUUCGUUUGGGGUUGUGGGAAGAACGCGCCUUUGAGCUUAAUUUUUGCGUACUAAGCUUGCAGGGACCAAACCAUCAUCAUCCUUUCUAGAGAUUGACGAAGACCAGCAAAAAUUAAACCAAGCUAGCAAGCAAAUCUAUGGACGGAUGCGAUGGGCCGGAAAGCAACACUGCCAUCGCAAUCCCACCGUACGAUUUGGACGACCCGGGCCUCGUGACUGCCGACAGUGGGGUGCUGGUGGUCGAUUCCCGUCCCGAGAAAGGCAUCGUUUUUGGCAUAUACCUCGUGGGGACCAAAGCGUAUCAGAUAUUUUGCGUGCUUUUCCAAGCCAUGGACUUGGCUGCGCGUACGAACGGACAGCCCAGUACGGUCGGGCCGGCAUUAUUUUACUGUGGUAAAUGUCAAAAUCGAGGAGUGAAGGAGCUGUCAGGAAAUUGUUUUUCACCGCCUCUCUUCUGUGGGUUUAAACGGGAGACUAGGUCUUUCUCGGGGGUUUAGCUAGGCAUUUUCUCUCGUUUGAUCAGACCGAUCGAUCGAGCGAUCUCUUUCGGUUAGGCCGGAUGCCGCCAGGAAUCGGAGCGUAUCAUCGGGUACUAGUGAUGCGUUUGACAGCAGCAGCGGUAGUGCGGCGGCAUCCAUCGCGAGAUUUCGGCUACAUUCGAGCGUUUCUUCACAAGAUUUCUUGAGGCAAGUGUGUGAGAGCGAGUUCUUUCCCGUGGAGGGAGAAUCCAUCCCUGCAUUCACAGAAAUCGAGGCAGAGGGCGAGUAUUUCCCAAGACUGCUAGCAUCGAGAGAAUGCUGCUACUGGGAAGAACGAUCAGAUAGGGCGGACAGGCAUGAUCAUCGUCUUUCUCGUAGAAGGAAGAGAGGCAGUGUAGUCUAAGCUCCGAGGAAGGCAUGGGCUGCGCAGCAUCGAAAGUGAGCAAGGCGGAGGAUGUGAGUAGAUGUCGCGCGAGACGAAGGCUCAUGAAGCAGACAGUGGCGUCAAGGCAUCACUUUGCGGCAACUCACGCGGCUUACAUCCAAGCCAUGAAGAACGUAGGGGCGGCUUUCCGGCAAUUUGGAGAGACCGAGCUUCGUGAUGCUCAAGCAGCAGCCGCCGAGCGUACAAAAUCGAGCUCCCUUCAGUCACCCGAUCGGCCACUUCCUCCACCUCCGCCGCCAGUGUUCCUCCAAGACUCUCCUCGCAUGGAGUUCCUUUCUCCUCCCGCAUCUCCCAUCAAGACGGAAGAUCACGAGAGCGAGGAAGCCAAGGAUCAGGAGCGCCGCCAACGCAAGAGAGAACAGGAGCAGCACCAAAGUCGGUUCCAAAAGUUGGAGCAAGAGCACGAGGGCUUCUACUAUCACCGUGGUGGAGACGAUGACAAAGAUGACAAGGGAGCGUACUACUUUACUGCUCCACCGCCUCCUCCAGUUCCCUCGAGCACAGCUCCGCCUCCACCGUCGCCUCCAAGAGACUCGGCCUGGGAGUUUCUGGAUCCGUUCAGGCCGCAAGAGCACCCGGUUCUUCUUCACGACCAACGCACCUCGAAAAAGGUGGAGGUUUCUAAGCAGGACCGCGAGAGAAUGGAAGAUCACCACCACCACCACCACCACGAUGAUGAUGAUGACGAUGAGGACGACGAUGACGAGCACGAAGUGUCCAGCAACCCGGACAAGCCGGUGGUUGUCAAGAACCCCAGCGUCAUUGGUUCCAGCAAGCGAGACUUGGCGAUUAUUCUGCUCCCGAGUGGCGGGAUUGGACGCAAGGACCUUCUCGACGUUGUCAAGGAGGUUGAUGAGUUGUUCCUUCGUGCUUACGAGUGUGGGAAGGACGUUUCCAAGCUUCUGGAGGCGAGAAAGGUUCACUACCACUCUAAUUUCGUCGACUCAAGAGGAUAUGAAUCGCACUCGAAGAGAGUGUUGCAAGCAAUUUCUUUAGGCCACAGAGGUUCGAGCAAAACCCCUUUGAAGGUAGUUGCUUCCGAGGAUCACCUAAGCAGCCCCGAGGACUCUGGUAAAGCUGGAAGUCAUGCCGGUACUCUGGACAGCUUGUUGGCCUGGGAGAAGAAACUGUACGAAGAAGUUAAGAAUACAGAAGUGAUACGAGCUGAGUACCGGAAAAAAUGUUCCCCCAAGCUCCAGGAAGAAAUGAGCGACACAACCAGGUCCAUGAUCAAGACCUUGUCCACGAAAAUUCAGGUGUCGCUGCAGGGUGUGGACACGGCAAUCUCUGCCAUCAACAAGCUCAAGGAAGACGAGCUUCAUACACAACUUGUUCAACUUAUUGAAGGGCUAAUGAACAUGUGGAACGAGCUUUACGAUUGUCACCAGAGACAACACAAGAUCGCAUCGGACAUGAAAUCCUUAGACCACUGGGGGACUGUGGAGCCGACGACUAACAUCCACAGAGUAGCAACUUCUCAGCUCGAACUAGCGCUCGGUGCGUGGCUCGCAGGAUUCAACAAGCUCAUCUCCGCGCAGCGGGAUUACCUCCACAACCUGACGGGCUGGCUUCGACUUAGCAACAUGCAGCUCGAGUUGGAAUCCGCCAGAGAAACUCCAGGCAGCAAGAAGAAGCAAGCCACGGCAAGGCCGGCGUGGCUGGCGUCCAUGCUCCAGCUCUGCCUGGACUGGAGCUUGGCGCUGGACAGACUGCCAGACAAGGUAGCCUCGGAGUCGAUCAAGAGCUUCGAGGCCGUGGUUCACAAGCUGGUGGAUCUCCAGAACGAGGAAGUGAAGCACAGGAAGAAGCUGGAUGCUGUCUCCAAGGAAUUCGACAAGAAGAUGGCACGCUUGUCAGCGAGUACGAAGCAUCGCAAAGCGAGCCGGGAAGAGCAGCAGCAGCAAGCGACUGACACUCGAAAGGAGAAAGAUCCAGACAAAGAGAAGGCGGCGGCGGAGAACGAUCCUCCUGGAUCAGCUGAAGCGACCAACGAAGAUAGCAAUCUGGUGGAGUCCAUCCCGAGCAUCCUGCGAGCAGCAGCUAAUCGAGGCAGUGGCAAAUCGAGGCGGCGGGGCUCUCCCGAGGAGAGGAUGCGUCAGGCUGUGAAUUCGAUCCAGGCAAAGCUCGAGGAAGAGAAGGAGCGAGUGGCAAAGGUUGUGUUUGACACGAGGGCGACGACCAUCAACAGCUUACACACGGGAUUGCCGAGCAUCUUUCAGGCGGUGGCAGGAUUCGGUCGCAUCUCCCUCCAUGCGUAUCAGAGCCUCUACUGCCAGGCACACAAUGGCGCUCUCCUCCGGAUCACUCAAGCCAUCGAUGGAAAUAUCGUGAUCCUUGGUCCUCUUCUCCUGGUUCUUGAUCGGCUACUCGCUCUUUCUUGUUCGGUCGAUCGAAAUAUCGUUUUCCAGCUCUCGAAAUACUCUCUAGCUCACCGAGCUAUCGAACGAUCCAUCCAUCGAAAGAUGGGAUGCACGAGCUCCAAGGUCGACAACGAAGAGAAGGUCGCGCGAUGCAAGGCCAGGAAGCGAUUCAUGAAGCACGCGGUGGCAUCGCGGCAUCAAUUCGCGGCCAGUCAUGCCGCGUACGUGCAAGCGCUCAAGAACGUAGGAGCGGCAUUCCGGCAGUUUGGCGAGACCGAGAUCCCCGACACGACCUCAUCGUCUUCCACCGAUCACGACUACAAUCCAUCGUCUCCAACGACGCCGGACGCUAAGCCGCCGCCUCGCCCUCUCUUCCUUCCACCGCCAUCGCCCAACGAUCGCCACGGCCUCAAGCUCGAUCCCGCCAGUGUGAUUCUCGAGGAAGAGGAGCUCUCGCCGGAUCUCAGCCCCGAGAAGAAGAAGGAUCAUCGCGUCAAGAACAAGAAGAGCAGCGGCGGUAGAGAGGUUCUUCCACCGCCAUUGCCACUUGGUAGCGCUCCACCGCCGCCGCCUCCUCCCAAAUCUUCGGCAUGGGGCUUUCUCGAUCCAUUCCAGGAGGACGAAGCCACCGCGGCCGUGGCUGUGGCGGCUGAGACCUUCACUGUGUCUUCCAAGAGCACCAGUGGCCGCGCUCGCGCGAAGCUGUGGUUUCCAGCGGCGGAGAAGGAUCUGGAGCAGCGGUCCAGCGAUAACAGCCUGGCGAUCAUCGUGAGGCGAUCGGGAAGCAAGGAGCUUGUGGAUGUUCUUCGCGAGCUGGACGAGCUUUUCCUCCGGGGCUACCAGAGCGGCAAAGAGGUAGGGAAGCUGCUCGAGGCGAGGAAGAUCCACUACCACUCCAAUUUCGUGGAGAAUCGAGGGUUUGAUUCUCACUCCAGCAAGGUUCUCAAUGCGAUCUCUUGGUCCAACUGGAAGUCGCCGCUCAAGCGCAAAACGGAGGAGACGGCGCUCGCAGUGACCGACGAGGAUUUUGGAGCUCACUCGGGCACUCUGGAUCGGCUGCUUGUCUGGGAGAAGAAGCUCUACGAAGAAAUGCGAACUGCCGAGGCGAAUCGAAUCGAGUAUGAGAAGAAGUGCGCCCAGCUCCGGCACCAGGACUCCAAGGGCGACUACAACGAGUCCAUCGACAAGACGCGCAACAUGAUCAAGAUGCUCCAGACGAGGAUCGUGGUGGCGCUUCAGGGAGUGGACACUGCCGUGGCGGCCAUCAUCAAGAUCCGCGACGAGGAGCUCUAUCCCCAGCUCCUGGAGCUGGAAGAAGGGUUGACUGGAAUGUGGGCGGAGCUCUACGCCGUCCACGAGAAGCAGUAUGCGGCGGUGAGCCGGAUGAGGCCUCUGGAUUGUCUCUUGGGCUCGGUGGAGGCGACGAGCAACAUCCAUCGCUUGGCAACCUCGCAGCUCGAGGCAUCGCUAGACAAUUGGUACAGCUGCUUGAACAAGCUCAUCACCAGCCAGAGGGACUACAUGAGGAACCUGUGCGGCUGGGUGCGGCUCUGCGUGAUGCCGUUCGAGGACAUCAAGGAUUCUCCAACUCUGUCGGCUGGAUCAUCGACUCCUCCAAUCCACGACGUCUGUCUCGAGUGGCACCAGGCUCUGGAUCGCCUCCCGGACAAGGUGGCCUUGGAGGCCAUCAAGAGCUUCGUGGCGGUGAUCCACAAGAUCGUGGAGCUGCAGAACACGGAGCUCCAGCACCGGAAGAAGGUGGAGUCACUCACCAAGGAGAUCGACAAGAAGGUGGCCUACAUCCAGAACUACGAGAAGAAACACCCCGACUCGGCCUCCACUACCACUGCCACGGCCUCGGAUCAUCACCACCAUAGCAAUCACCUGGACGAGACCGACGAGCUCACGGUUCUCCACGACAUUCUUCCGCCAAAGAGCCCGCUUGCCGAUAGGAGAGCCGCGGUGGAUUUGCUCCGGAGGAAGCUGGAAGAGGAGAAGGAGCAAGUUUCCAAGGCGGUGUAUGAUACCCGAGCUAUGACACUGAAUAGCCUCCACACCGGACUCCCCAGCGUGUUCCAGUCGGUGGCCGGCUUUGCGAGCGUUUGCUCCCAGGCCUUCCAGUUGCUUUACCACAACGCUCGCGUCAACAAGGAGGAAGCUAGUAGCUAUUCGCCAUGAUCUAGAGGAGGAAGCUCGUAGGUAUUCGCCAUGAUCUAGAGGAGGAUACUCGCAGCUAUUCGCCAGAGCUCGGGGAGGAGGAGAUUUUGCGGCAAUCUAUUUCACUAGCUAUGCUUUCUACUUGUAUAUAUGUUGGUGCUCUACGCCAUUUUGAAUUUAAAGGACUGUUAUGAGUAUAUGCUCUUGAA